UUUCCCAAAGACCUCCCCCGCAGCUCUCCAUUGUUGGCAUCGCCAUUUUUAUUUUCCAUCUAAAACCCUAAUUCGGCUCCCACCUCGCCGCCAUGGCCGGACUGAGCCGCCACCUCGCAGCCGCCACGCGGAAGCUGCCGGACCGGCUUGGCAUCCUUGCGGGCCGGGGCUACGGAUCGUCGGCGGGCGCGGCUCUCUUCGAUUACUACUCGGACGAGGAGGAGGAGUACGGGCCGUGCGAGGCCGCACAGCCGCGACCGAGAACCGGUUCGCAGAAGCUCGUGCCGGAGAGAGGGAUCCAGUGGGUGGUGAUGGGGGACAGGGGCGCGAAGAAGCACGUGUACGCCGAGAUGCUCUCGAAUCUCCUGGAAGUCCCUCACAUUUCCAUGGGCUCGCUCGUUCGCCAGGAGCUUAACCCUCGCUCUUCUCUGUAUAAGCAGAUUGCGAAUGCUGUGAAUGAGAGAAAGCUUGUACCAGAGGAAGUGAUUUUCGCACUGUUGUCCAGGAGGUUAGAGGACGGAUAUUACAGAGGAGAAACAGGGUUCAUUCUUGAGGGUAUCCCCAGAACAAGGGUCCAAGCUGAGAUUCUCGACCAAUUUGCCGACAUUGAUCUUGUUUUGAACUUCAAGUCCACAGAGCAAGCCCCUCUAGCAAAGAAUUUAGGGAUGGGAGCAUUUCCUCCGUCCCUGGACUCUGCCAAUUUGCACAUACCCAGUUCCAAAGCUGGUUUAAGAUCACCGGCUGAGCAACUGGUUUCUGCUGAUGUUAGGGGUCCCUGGAAGGAAAACUUGACUGUGUAUGCAGAGCAGAGUAAGUUGCUGGAAGAAUAUUAUCAGAAGCAAAAGAAACUUCUCAACUUCCAAGUUGCGAGUGCACCCGGAGAAACCUGGCGUGGGCUGUUGGCGGCACUACAUCUUCAGCACGUGAAUGCUGCCGACUCUUCCCAAAAGCUGACUGCAUGAGUCUAUUCUUAGUUGGUUCGUGGAUGCAAUGUCCCGAUCGCAAUCCGGCAUAUAUAGGGUAAAUAGAUACGAGUCUAGAGCGAGUUGAGUUCUGGCAAGUAUUCCAAUUUUGUUUUAGCUUCGAGGCAUCAAACCGAGUUGAGAUGCAGCGUGUUGUGUUUUUCAUGUGGGAAGAGAUGGAAGAACAGAAUGUACUGGCAUGUAUGACCAUAAUAUGACAGCAUGUCCAUAUAUGUCUUGUGAUUGAAAUCA